ACGGAAGCUUAAGAGAUGCCGCCGAAGGGGGAAAGUGGUUCUGGAAAAGGGGGGAAAGGAGGUGCAGCCUCUGGAAGCGACAGUGCUGACAAGAAGGCUCAGGGCCCUAAAGGUGGUGGCAAUGCAGUAAAGGUCAGACACAUUCUGUGUGAAAAACAUGGCAAAAUCAUGGAAGCCAUGGAGAAGUUAAAAUCUGGAAUGAGAUUCAGCGAGGUGGCUACACAAUACAGUGAAGAUAAAGCCAGGCAAGGGGGUGACUUGGGAUGGAUGACCAGAGGGUCCAUGGUAGGACCGUUUCAAGAAGUCGCAUUUGCCUUGCCUGUAAGUGGGAUGGAUAAGCCUGUGUUUACAGACCCACCUGUGAAGACAAAAUUUGGGUAUCAUAUUAUUAUGGUUGAAGGGAGAAAAUAAAGUCACACGGAAACCUGAAA